AUGACAAGCAAUUCUUCAUCGAAAAAAACAAAGCAACUUUCGGUGCCUGAGUCGUCCGAGAGCUUGCCAAAAACUGCCGAGCUAUCGGGGUCACAAGCGGAAAUGAUGCGCAAGUUUCGCGCGUACGUGGCUCCUACCCGGACCGUUUCACUGACCUCCUUUACCGGACUUAUUCUUCAUGCAGACAAUUAUUACGGCUUUGUGCACACCAAACGAGCUUUAAGUAGUUCUGGAACGAGUGGCAGUAGCAGCAGUUCAUCAAGUACCAAGUCGCCUAAUAACACAUCACUUACUACUUGGAUCUAUAGGCCCUCUACUGAGCUUGCUGGUGUUCUGACAGAGUACUCAGAUGCUAUUAAUACAGCUACAAUUCCAUGGCUUUAUGAACUGACCCUGUUACUCGCCAUUGACAAAGUGCCUGAGAUAACAAAACUUGAGCUAGUAUCACAGUUCCUUACUAAUUUUGAUCCCGACGAAGCCAAAAAAGUGGGCCAUGUUUUCCGAGAAUUUUCCCGACAGGUUCUUUUAGGUAUUAAAAGUUCUCAAUAUCAAACGGCGCUUCUCCACCUUUUGCGUAACGGUACUGAUCGUCUUGAGGCACACGCUAAAAAAUCCAAGGAUUCUACAAUCAGUGUUCAGUAUCACGAAUCUAGACUUACACCUUUGCAUUCAUCAUUUAUGAAACUUGCGAGUGAACUUUCUCACCAUGCAAUUGUAGCUCCAUAUCUCCCCAAAACUGCAAAUCAACCUGAUUCUGGACGUUUGUUCCAUUUGCAUUUUCGCCCAGACCCGCAGUUUGGCACAAACUAUGCCACACUUUUCAUUUAUUACUUUCAUGCCAGCAAACUUCUGUUUGAACAAAAGAAUUAUAUUGAGGCACUAGAGCAUGUUACUAUUGCUCUUGCAGCGUGUCCCUGGAUGCACAGUGAACUUGUUUUUGUGCACUUUGCAUUGACGUUACUUGUUGCGAGUAAUUUGAAAAAUAUUUCAGGCGAGGUUAAACGUAAUAAAAGCUCCGAAUUUGAAAAUAACCCCAACUCCAUUGAACUUCACAGCUCACACAUUUCUGUGGAUCAGUAUCUUAAUGCGGUGGGCAAGCUUCAAGGAAGAAACCUUUUUACAUAUCUUUACGGUGAAACUGCAGCCCCCGUAGAGGCUAUAGUUGGCGGUCAAUUCAACAAGAGAAUGGGUACUCCUGCUUUACCUUUUUUGUGGGAGGUUCUGGUCCAAAUGCCCAAGAUCGAAAAAUACCAGUUGGCGGAUGAAAUCCAUACACUUGUCAACAAACACCGUGAGCUUUACUUUUUAAAUCUUCCUGAGUAUUAUCUAUCAGUAAGCGAAUCCACACUUAUCAACGCUGAUGCAAGCCGCGAUUAUUUAGCUAAUGUUUUUGAUCCGGUUGUGUAUAAGAAAAAAGAUUAUAAAUUUUUUGCAUCACCCAUUGACGCAGCAUUUGCAUCAGGAACCACAACAAAAAAUAUAGCAGAUAUUCCAGGCACGGCUACACCAGGCCACAUAGAUUCUCCAACACACUCAAGAGUUAAUCAAUCGACAAUGAUUGUGGGUGGAACGGCCACUCCUACUGAGUCUGUCAGUCACGGCCAAACUUUUGAAGACUAUGUAUCUGAAUUCUUAAAGAGUAAGGUUGAACGGAGCAACAGCAACAUUGGAAACAGCGGUAAGAAGUCGUCUUCAGUUGCUGAUAUCGAACUUGUUUUACCUAUAGUGGGAUACUUUAGUACACAAAAGAAAGAGUUGACACGAGAGUUUGUCUAUGAUCUGGUCAUGUCGCGUACAUUAAAUGCGAUAAUUGAUGAGGAAGCUGUUAAAUGUACGAAAGAUGAUAAGGAUGACAAGGAUGAUAAGGACAAUGAUAUGACUGUAGAUGAUAAGCCAGAAGAGUCAUAUUGGCUUACGUUUCGUCAUAAUUCUGCAGUGGAAGCUGAGACUGGACGUGAAUUGGAGUUAGAUGAGCAACUUUCUAAGCUGCGAUCGCGGCUUGAUCAAGUUGGUGCUGUGGAGCGGCUUGUAAGCGAAUGCGGGGGUUCAGGGAUUCCGCUACGAGAUGCAACAGUUAUUGGGGCAGUUGGUGGUUUACAAACAGGCCAUCACAAGAUGGCACACAUUCCAGCUAGUGGUUCCGAAGUACCCUCUCUGCUUGAGAGUCCUGAGGCUGCAUUUUCCAAACCGUUGAUUCGUGGGGGACCAGGCCGUUCUGGAAAUGGGUUUUUAGAGCUUCCUGAAUUGUCUGAAAAGAAUGGACCACAAGCUGCUGCCAAUGCGGCUGCGAAACACUUUGCCUCACUCAUGUAUGCUGAACUAAAUGAGUACUAUCCUGAGGACCACGAAGAAAGGGAAAAGGAGAUAGAGGAAGAGUUUAUGAAUGAAGUUCCUAAUCGAUUAGUGAAAAAUAGAAAGGAAAACAAGUGGGCUCAUGGGUUUGGUCGCGAGCAGAGUCGGGAACGAAACCACAGACACGAUAUGCACUCUCGAGGGUCAUCUUUGGAGGGUCGUAGUAAUAGCAGAUUGCAUGGGCUUAUUAAUAAAGAGUCUACGUCGCUUAAACUACAGGAAAGUUCUGAGCAGCAGCUGGAGAGGGAAAAGCAAGGAGGCAAUAGCAAGAUUGAAGAGGAUGAGGAUGGGGAUGUUGAUUUGAGUUUUUAUGAUGAAGGCGAUGUUGAAGAAGAAGAAGAAGAAGAAGAAGAAGAUUUAGGGAUGGUAGGGGCUGAUGAGGAUGGAGAUGUUGAAUUGGAUGGGAUGACUGAUAAUGAUGAAGACGAUCAGGAGUGGACGCCGAGUAGAAGAUACAAUACAGUGACUAAGAAGGAAGCUACUGUUGUGGAAGAAAGGGGAUCUGAUUCGGAUGAACAGAUGGGCGAUGAGGAUGAUGAGGAUGAUGAUGAUGAAAAGGAGAGUAGUGAUGGUGAGAAUUAA